GAAGCGGAAAAGGCGGGACUUACGAAGCACGUUCAGUCAAUCACGAAGCGUGAGCCUGAAGGCUGGAAGGUGGGCGCUCUCUACGCUUCUUGGCCGCCCGGCUGCUUGUGAAGUUCCAGCCUCAUGGCGGAGAUAAUUCAGGAACGCAUAGAAGAUCGAAUCCCGGAGUUGGAACAGCUGGAGCGCAUCGGACUCUUCAGUCACGCGGAGAUUAAGGCUAUCAUCAAGAAGGCUUCUGACCUAGAAUACAAAAUACAUCGGAGAACCCUUCUCAAGGAAGACUUUAUCAACUAUGUUCAAUAUGAAAUUAAUCUUUUGGAGCUGAUCCAGAGAAGAAGAGCAAGAAUUAAAUAUUCAUUUAAGAAGGAUGAGAUCGAAUAUUCUAUGGUACAUCGGGUACAAGGUGUCUUUGGUCGUGCUUCAGCGAAGUGGAAAGAUGAUGUUCAACUUUGGCUAUCCUAUAUAGUUUUUUGUAAGAAAUGGGGUACCAAAGCUCAUCUUAGCAAGAUAUUCUCUGCCAUGCUUGCCAUUCAUUCAAACAAGCCAGCUUUGUGGAUUAUGGCAGCCAAAUGGGAAAUGGAAGAUCGCUUGUCUUCAGAGAGUGCCAGGCAGUUAUUUCUUCGGGCUCUACGCUUUCAUCCCGAAUGUCCAAAGCUCUAUCAAGAAUACUUUAGGAUGGAGCUGAUGCAUGCUGAGAAACUGAGAAAGGAAAAGCAAGAGUUUGAAAAAGCCGCCAUGGAUAUGGGGAGUUUCGAUCAUCCUGAAGAAAUCCUUAAAGGCGAGUUGGCACGGAUCAUUUACAAAAAUUCUAUAAGCAAGAUUAAAGGUGCGGAAUUCCAUGUGUCACUCCUUGCUAUUGCUCAGCUAUUUGAUUUUGCCAAAGAUCUACAGAAGGAAAUUUAUGAUGACCUUCAAACUCUGCACACUGAUGACCCACUCACUUGGGAUUAUGUGGCGCGGCGAGAAUUAGAGAUCGAGUCCCAACCAGGUGAAGAACAGCCUGUAACAAAACAAGCCAAAGCAGUGGAAGUGGGCCACAGAGAAGAACGGUGCUGCGCAGUGUAUGAAGAAGCAGUGAAGACCCUGCCUACGGAGGCCAUGUGGAAGUGUUACAUCACCUUUUGCUUGGAGAGGUUUUCUAAGAAGACCACGUCUGGUUUUCUCAUGGGAAGGCUGUUAAACUUACUGUCAGAAAUACUCUUUAUGUGCAUCUCUCUAUGUCUGUAAUUUUGCUUUUGAGUGGCGCUUUACAGUGUGCUUUGCCUUUCUUAGAUUGACUUGUUGCUGCGCCAGGACCUUUUCAAAGAAGCUCUGCAGGUGGCAGAAGCUGGCACUGAAUUGUUCAAGGACUCUGUAACGAUGUGGCAGACGAAGCUCCAGGUGCUCAUUGACUCCAAGAGCCCGGAUGUAGCGAUGUGCUUUGAGGAGGCCUUUGCACACCUCAAACCCCAGGUUUGUCUGCCCUUGUGGAUUUCUUGGACAGAGUGGAGUGAAAGUGCUAAAAGCCAGGAGGACACAGAAGCCAUCUUUAAGAAAGCUAUUUUGGCUGUCACAGGGGCCAGUUCAGUAACUCUGAAGGAGAAAUACCUGGAUUGGGCUUAUCGGAGUGGAGGCUACAAAAAGGCCAGAGCAGUGUUUAAAAGUUUACAGGAAAGCCGUCCAUUUUCAGUUGAGUUUUUCAGGAAAAUGAUGCAGUUUGAAAAGGAGCAGGAAUCCUGCAAGAUGGCGAACCUGAGGGAGUAUUACGAGAGGGCGUUGCGAGAGUUUGGGUCUGCAGAUUCUGAUCUUUGGAUGGAUUACAUCAAGGAAGAAUUGAACCAUCCCUUCGGUAGACCUGAGAACUGCGGACAGAUCUAUUGGCGAGCCAUGAAAAUGUUGCAGGGACAGUCAGCAGAGCUGUUUGUAGCUAAACAUGCCAUGCAUCAGGCUGGCCACUAGUGAUGAGCACCACCAGUUUGCUGAAUUUGAAUUGCAAGUCUUGGGACAGGUUUGUGAUGAGUGAGUGUAUGAGUUGUCAAGAGCUGGCAGAAGAACGGAUUGAUUUUUGUAACAUACUUUUACUUGGCGUUAAUCUUUGGUUCCAGAAACAAGAACUGCUGGUGCCUGUUAAAUCUAAAAUACACAGAAAUUCUACGGUCCA